AUGACGGCCGCCCACCCGAUGUUCCGCCUGAAGCUGGGCACAGCGCUGCUGUUUGUCACCUGCGUGCACCUGGCGCUGCUCAUCACGACGGCGGUGAUCAGCAUCUUCCUGCGCCGGCGCAACCUCGUCAUCUUCAACCGCUGGGCCCUGCACGGCUCGAGCGGCUACGCGGGCUUCGCCGACGGCAUCCCGGUAGGGCCCACGCUGCCCGCCGCCGUGCUCGGCCUCGUCUUCUGGCUCGGCGUUGCCUUCUCGGUGCCGCAGGUCGCCGUGUGCGGCCUGCUCGUGGCGCGCCGCUCGCUGCCGUCGCGCUGCACGCUCAUCAGCUUCGUCUUCCUCAACGUCGUGCUGCUGGCCAUCAGCGGCGUCGGCGCCGGCUUCUACACCGGCCUGCUCGAUGUGCCGGCGACGUUCGAGAGCAGCAGCGACUCGGACAGUGAGGUCUACACCGGCCCACAGGUACAGUCCGACGGCUCGAGCUGCAUCUCGUCCGACGGGGUGCCGAUCUCCGCCGCCGUCUGCAGCUCCGCAACCCGCGCGGGGCGCCUCGCCAUUGCCGACUUCGUCCUCGCCUGGCUCACAGUGCUGGUCGCGCUCGUCAUGUGCAUCGUCGCGACCGUGCUCUUCGUGCGCAUGCUCAGGGCCAGGCGCGCCGAGCGCGAGGAGGAGGAGCAGCAGCCGGCGAUGAGCAACAUGUACGCGCAGACGCCGGGCUUCUACAGCGGCGGCUAUGCGUCGGUGCAGACGAGCGACAACCUUGCGCGGCAGAACUUUGCCUUCAACGGUGGCUACCCGUCGGCGCAGCCGAUGAUGAGCAACGCCUACGCACAGCAAGCUCCUACUCCCAACGGCGGCUACGUCUCAUCGCAGCCCGCCGUGGGCAGCGCUUACCCGCAGCAGGCGUCUACGCCCGACGCGGGCCUCGCCCCGGCGCAGCCCAUCAUGGCCAACGCCCACGCACAGCAGGCGUCUACCUCCAGCUCUGGCGACGCCUCGAUGCAGCAGCAGGCCGGUAGCAGCGGCUACACGCAGCAAGAGCAGGCCAGUGGCAGCGGCUACCCACACCAGCAGCAGGCGAGCGGCAGCGCCAACAAGGGCAAGCAGGCGAGACGCAGCAUGGACUUCCAGCAGCAGCAGCAGGCGAGCGGCAGCUCGUACCGCCAGCAGGACGCGAGCGGCAGCGGCAGCGCAUACCCGCAGCAGCACGCCGGCGGCAGCACCUCUGCCGACGUCUGAGACCACAUGUUCGUUUAUCAGCAGCACAGCUGCCGCCAUGUAGACUCGCAAUACUAUACCU